UUGAUAAAGACAACACUGCAAACCCAACAAAUCAUUUUAAACAAAAACACAGAUUACUUUCCCUUUUUUUAUCCUAACCACCGCCGUCAGCGCCACCGUCACAACCACCGCAAACAACCAAUUCCCACCUUAUAAGUUAUAACCCACUAAAGUUCUUAUGCAACCCACCUUUGAAAAACAAUAAAUUUUUUUUUUUGCUUCCUGAUGUGCAGAUCUAAAAAAAGCACAGAUGUAAUCCGACCAAGAUCAUCAAAUUCAAAAGGACCAUCUUUUUCACCUUCAUCUCGAAAACCCAAAACCUUGAAAUCUUCAUCUUCUUUGUCUCAACCAUCUUCCUCCACUUCCAUAACCAACAAUUCAGUCCUUUCUUCGGGCUACUUCGAUAACAACUCUUCAUAUUACAACUCAUUUUCAACCCAAGCCUCCAAAAAUCUCUCAUCUAUCAGAGAUUCUCUCCCUGAAAAUCCCCAUAUCUAUGAUUUCUCAGACAUCUGCUUGGCCACCGAUAACUUCCGGUCGAACCGGUUUUCAUCUUCUUCGGCUUCGUCUUCAUGGCUUUGUAACCUUCAAGGUAAACAAGUUGUCAUUUUCCAAAGGAAAAUGAGACGUCCGAUUGAGUUAGCUGACUUGGUUCACAAGUUAUCUGUGAUUUGUAGGAGCCACCAUAGUAGUUUGAUCAAGCUUUUGGGUGUUUCCUUAUCAGGGAAUUAUGUUUAUCUUGUCUAUGAAUAUGUACAUGGAGUUAACCUUAGGGAUUGUUUGAGAAACCCCAAGAACCCAAGUUUUACUGUACUUUCUUCUUGGAUUUCUCGUAUGCAAAUUGCUGCUGAUAUUGCUUCUGGAUUGGAUUAUAGUCACCAUUGUUCAGGUCUUGAAACUAGCUUCACUCAUAACCAUAUAAAGAUCACAAGUAUCAUAGUGGCUGAAGGUUCAUUAAUGGCAAAAAUUUGCCAUUUUGGCACUGCUGAAUUAUGUGGGGAGGUGACAACAGAUGAGGAAUCAUCAAAAACUCUAGGAAGAUCAAAGAGUAAAGUUAUGAAAAUUGAAGGAACAAGGGGUUACAUGGCACCUGAGCUUCAAUUCACUGGUUUAGUGACUCAGAAAUGUGAUGUUUAUGCAUUUGGGGUUGUGAUUUUGGAGCUGUUGAGUGGAAAGGAAGCUUUGAAGUUCUUGGUUGAUGAAGAGAGUGGAGGGUACCAAAGAGUGAGUGUUAUAGACACUGCUAGGGAGGCUGCGGCCGGUGGCAGUGCAGGGGUGAGGACUUGGAUAGAUAGGAGGUUGAAGGACUCUUUUCCUGUGGAUGUAGCUGAGAAGAUGGUGUUGGUGGCAUUGGAAUGUGUUGAGGAAGAUCCAAAGAAAAGGCCUGAUAUGGACAAAGUUGCAGGGCAAGUUUCAAAGUUGUAUUUGGAUUCUAAGAAUUGGGCUGAUAAUAUUGGUUUGCCUACUGAUAUAUCUAUCUCAAUAGCUCCAAGGUAAAUAUUAUACCUGAUUUGAGUGUCAGAUACGGAUAUGCGCUAUUCUUUUUCGAAUUUUUCCUUAUAUGUGGAGUAUACUUGGGGGAGCAUAUCUCUGUUUUAUACUCAUGUUCGAAUAUAUAGUGGGAUAUGAAUGGGGUAUUCGAAUAUGUGUCGGAUAUGAUUGCUUUUAAAAAGAAUGAUGAGCAGGAUUAUGUAGAAAUCAGGCAUAAUUGAUAGCUGCUUUUGGUUAUUAGAUGAACAAAUUUUUUGGGGUUUUUCCAUUUGAUCAGAGAAGGGAGUUCUUGAAGUUAUUUUUUUCCCCCUUUACAGUUCUUGAUUCCUUUCAACAAUAGGUAUUUGUAUAUGUUGUGAAUAUUAAUACAGAAGUUUAAACUUGGAGUUCUUUUUGGCAGAGAUUUUGGUAUAGAAUUGUUUCAAAUUAUGUUCAUGCUUGAUUUUGUUUCAAAAUUCAUAUCUAUAUUAGGUACUCACAUCCGAGUUUAUUAUUUUUACAGGCAUAGUUGUUUGGAAUUUGAUGUAUUAUCUCUUUGGUAUUUAAGGUCUUUCUCAACUUGUGAUCUUCAAUGAAA